AUGGGAAACGACAAGGCGGUAGUAGAGCUGCUCUUUAUUCUGUCUCUCUUGAGCCUUUCGCUAACGUUUUUUCCGGGGCUUAUAAGAGACUCGGUGAAUGAGGUGGGGUAUUUCAAAGGAAGUAGGGCUGCGGAAAGCUUCAAUAUUCUAGGGAUACCAGAAGGAAGCAGUGUGAGACUUUAUACCAUAUAUGGGAGUGCUGGGGACAUUGAUAUCGCAGACAUUCCAAACAAGACCCCGAUUACAGAGGCAAUACAUGAUCUGCACAGAAGCAAGGCGAGAUUCACCAUUUACAUCGAUGUAAAAACAAGGAACAUGUAUAUAUAUUCCCAGUGUGUGGUUCCAAAAUACAUUUUCAGGAUGAAGAAAGUGCCGAGUGGGAAUCUGUCUCCGAUAGAAACAAUCAAGGCACUGGACAGCAGCUAUCUCCCAGGUGGGUCCAUGGAUCUGAAGCUGGUACAGACAUUGGUGUACCUUGGGCUCAAGGGAUGCUUGGAAGACAAGCUACUUAUUCUCUACGAAAGGAUGCUUGUCCUUAUCAACGAGAAGAAGCAGAUGCUCUUCUUCGAUCUGGAUCUCGGGAAGAUGUUUGAGAUGAUGUUCAGGGAGACAGAUUCCCGCCAAAAGAGUGAGAGAAAGGACUGCCUGAACAGGCUCCUGUUUGUCCUUAAGACGGAGUCGAACAUACUCUUUCUCUACGAUCCUAGAAACGAACAAAGAGGGUUUGGGAAGAAGAUGGCCAGAAACACUCUUGCAGGAGGGCUCAUAAAGCUUUUCCCCUCAUCAAGAGACAUCAAAAUAAAAAAUAGGGUGGACAGGGAUAGCUAUAUGGAGCUGGCCGGCAUAAUAAGCGACAAAGAAAGGAGGGAGGGCAUGAAUGUUUUGGAGAAGCUGCUGAUAGACUUCGUUAGGCCUGACGAUUCUUCGCUUUUUUCAUAA